UAUAAAAAAAUCACCCUUGCAUCCCUAAAAACAAUGGCUAUUUCAAAACUUCCAUCCUUCCAUCACUUCCUCUUCCUCCUCCUCCUCGCGCCCGUCGUCAGUUCAAUUGGCGUUAACUACGGGACUCUCGGUGAUAACCUCCCACCACCAGCAACCGUCGCACAGUUUCUUAAAUCCAAUACCAUUAUAGACCGCGUUCGAAUCUUUGAUUUCAACCCGGAUGUCAUCAAAGCAUUUGCUAAUACCAACAUUCUUGUAUCUGUCACCGUACCCAAUGGUGACAUCCCUUCGCUCACUGACCCGUGGAACGCCCGUAGGUGGGUUGAUACCAACAUCAAACCGUUUUACCCUGCUACUAAGAUCCAUUACAUUUGUGUUGGUACCGAGGUACUGCAUUGGGGUCCACAAAACAUCGUUGACAACCUUGUACCCGCAAUGAGAGUGCUUCACGCAGCACUCCUUAAAGCCGGUAUAAAUGACAUCAAAAUUUCUAGCCCACAUUCACUAAGUAUACUAGCUUCGUCUACCCCACCAAGUAAAGCGUCGUUUAAGUCUGGAUGGGACGUCGGUAAUCUCGCCCCAAUGCUCCGCUUUCACCGUGAAACAAACUCCGGAUUCAUGGUUAACCCGUACACAUACUACGGAUACUCGCACGCACUUGAGAAUUUUUGUCUUUUCAAACCUAAUAAAGGAUUGUUCGAUAAAACCACUAAGAAACGGUACACGAAUCAAUUCGAUCAACUAAUGGACGCGGUGUAUGUGUCCAUGAAGAAGUUGGGUUACCCGGAUGUUGAAAUAAUCAUCGCGGAAACAGGAUGGCCGUCGGGUGGAGACCCACAAAAUCCACACGCGAAUCCUGGAAACGCGGCGGCUUAUAAUGGUGGAGUGAUUAAGAAAGUUACCUCCGGCGUUGGCACGCCUUUGAUGCCCGGACGAAAGUUUGAAACAUAUAUAUUCUCGUUGUUUAAUGAGAACCUAAAAGGCCCAUCGUUGGAUGAGAAGAAUUUUGGGCUGCUUCGACCCGAUUUUACUCAAGUUUAUGACAUUGGUAUUGUACAUGAAUCGCAGUCAAGCCCAUCACCAAUGACACCACCACCAACACCAUCCAUGCCAUCAUCAGGAGUCGGCAAGCGUUGGUGCAUGCCUAAACCUGAUGCCACUGAUGUUGCGCUACAGGCAAACAUAGAUUACAUUUGUAGCAACGGUAUCGAUUGUAGCCCAACCCAGCCUACUGGGCCGUGCUUCCAGCCUAACACCGUACGUGCUCAUGCAUCAUUCCUCAUGAACUCUUAUUACCAAGCCAAAGGUCGUCACGACUUUGACUGUGACUUUGCUCACACUGGAAUGAUAGCAUUUACUGACCCAAGUAAUGGUCCAUGUAAAUAUAUUUCGUAAGCCUAUAGAAUGCACGAUGAUGGAAGUUUGUAGCCAGUUGGAUCUAGAGGUGAAAAGUUAAGUUCUCUUGUUGGUCAGCUUGCUGGAAUAUUUAAUCUACUGAUUAUGAUGUAAUAUCUAAAAUGAUGUAUCACAUGUAUGGUUGCUGCAUUAUGUAGCCAUUGUUUGCUA